AUGACAGAAAUUCUGGCAAUCUUUCAAAACCCCGAAUUAGCCCUCCAAGAACACACCGCCCACGACACCCUCGUCGCGGCACUGGAAUCACUAGGCCCCGCAAUCAAAGUAGCACCUCACGCUUACAACGCCCCCGCGGCCUUCGAAGCUGAAUUCGGCUCAGGGGGAAGAGUGCUUACAUUCAACGCGGAAUACGACGCCCUCCCCGACGUCGGCCACGCAUGCGGCCACAACCUCAUCGCUACAACAUCCCUCUGGGCCUUUCUGGCCGUCGCGGAAGCUCUGCAGGAGAGCAAACUCCCCGGUCGCGUCCGACUACUAGGAACCCCCGCCGAAGAAACCAUCGGAGGCAAGAUUACGCUGAUCAAAGCGGGCGCUUACAAAGAUGCCGAUGCAUGUCUAAUGGUGCACCCAACCAGCUCCAGCCACUUCCCAGAUCACAUCCUAGGCGAUGCAUUCGACAAGACGCUCGCCAUCACCACUUCCAGCGUGACGCGGCGGUGCUGGCGUAUGGCGUUGUUGCGGCAGCACGUGCGGCCGGAGGAGCGUAUUCAUGUUAUCAUUCCGGAGGGUGGAAUUGCCACUAAUGUCAUCCCUGAGAAAGUGAUGCUGGCAUUUACAGUGCGAGCACCGAUGUUGGCGCGAGCGGAGGUGUUGGACCAACGCAUUGUGAGUUGCUGUAAAGGAGCUGCGGAGGCUACGGGAUGUGAGCUGGAUAUCACGCGUAGGGAUGCGGGGGCGUAUGCGGACCUCCGUACUAAUGUAGCUAUUUGUGGGGCAUUCCAAGAUGCAAUAAAGGGGCUUGGUCUCGAGACACAGAAUAACGUGGGCCGUGAGACUACGCCGGUGUCGACGGAUCAGGGGAACGUAAGUCAUGAGUGUCCCAGUUGGCAUGGUGCCUUUGGCAUCUCGUCGGAGGGUGCGAAUCCUCACACGGUGGGAUUUGAAAAGGCAGCUGGUACUCGUUCUUCGUUUGAUCGAGCUCUAUUAGCUUGCGAAGGAAUGGCCAUUGCGGCGUAUCGAUUCUUGACAGACGAUGAACUCGCGGAGGAGGUUAGAAAGGAGUUCGAAGCUUCGCGGACUCCUUGA